AUGGAGUUCGUCGCUGCACCUCCCGUGCACCGCGUGUUAUGCGCAGACUGCGGUACACUCAUCGAACCUAACUCUGCGAAUCUAUGUAUUGCAUGCCUGCGGAACUCCGUCGAUAUUACGGAAGGAAUACCAAAACAGGGAUCGCUGUCGUUUUGCAGGAACUGUGAGCGCUUCCUCUCACCGCCAUCGGCAUGGACGAUAGCGGAACCCGAGUCCCGAGAGUUGCUAGCAAUUUGUCUAAAGAAACUGAAGGGUUUAAAUAAAGUCCGACUUAUCGAUUCGGGGUUCAUUUGGACGGAACCUCAUUCAAAGCGAAUAAAAGUGAAGCUUACAAUUCAGAAAGAGGUGUUCACUUCAACCAUCUUGCAACAAGUCUUCCAAGUGGAAUUCAUCGUACAAUACACUCAAUGCUCUGAAUGCGCGAGACUUGCCGCAAAAAAUACCUGGAAAGCUCUCGUUCAAGUCCGACAGAAGGUUUCUCACAAGCGGACUUUCCUAUUCCUUGAACAACUUAUUUUGAAACAUGGUGCUCAGAAAGAGACGAUUUCUGUGAAGGAAGUACGCGACGGGCUGGAUUUCUUCUAUAGUCAACGAAGUCAUGCGCUCAGAAUGACCGAGUUUCUGAAUGGUGUUGUUCCGGUGAGAACCAAAUCUUCUGAACGACUUCUCUCGACCGAUACCCAUUCAAAUACCUCAAGUUACAAAUUCACAUACUCAGUCGAGAUCGCACCCAUCUGUAAAGACGAUCUCGUCUGUCUCCCACUAAAACAAGCACGGUCAUUAUCCAAUAUCUCGCCGUUGGCACUAUGCACUCGAGUAGGGAACUCCAUUCACCUCCUUGAUCCGGCAACUUUACAGUCCGUCGACGUAAGUGCGCAAGUAUACUGGCGUGCACCAUUCGAAGCUCUCGCGGGUGUAAGCGACCUCGUCGAGUUCACCGUCCUUGACGUCGAACCUUCAGGACCUGUGAAAGGCAAAUGGGUACUUGCGGAUGCUCAAGUUGCGGUGAACGGAGCGUUCCGCUCGUCUUCUACGCAUACCAAUGAGGGAGGAGAUGCAGAUAUGGAUUACGACGACGACGGGACUUUAGACCAAAUUUUCCAUACGCGGACGCAUCUUGGUGGGAUACUCCAGCCGGGUGAUACUGUACUCGGGUAUCAUCUCAGUCGAGCAAACUUUAACUCGGACGCGUUCACCGCGCUCCCGUCUUCUCGUGUUCCAGAUGUCGUACUCGUUCGGAAGACAUACCCGAACAGGAGGAAGAAGAACAAGCCUAGGGCGUGGCGUCUGAAGAGUAUGGCGAAAGAAGAGGGUGAGGAAGCUACCGAUGCCAGCAACGCUCGUGGUGGUGUUAUUGGAAGGAUGGGCGGUAGAGAUCAGAAGAAGGUCGAGGAGGAUUACGAAUUGUUCUUGAGGGAUAUUGAAGAAGACGAGGAGACCCGUGCGGCCGUAAACCUGUAUAAAAGGCCCGGGGCAGGAUCGGGUGUUGCCGGCGGAAAGACAAGGAGAAAGCAGGUCACGAUGGACGUGGACAUGGAGGAACAGCAGGAGCCUACACCGGAACAGCCAAGUACUAGUAUGGAGGCUGAGACGGAUGGUGAAGAAGAGCCGGACUUCCCUGAAGUCAAGCUGGACGAGUUGUUGGAUGAUUUUGACGAGAUGACAUUAGGAGAUCAGCAGGAGUCUUCGAACCAAUGACCUUUGAUUCUAUUUCGGGAUCAUUGGGGGACAGUGCAGUAUUGGUCUAUAGACGAAUUAUAUUGCAUAAAUAUGGCACCUGAGCGCGAAACUUUUAUAUUAUCGGGUUUAUAAAAACAAGC